AUGGCGGCGACGGAGUUGAAGCUAUGUCUUGUGCGGCGGCGGGACGAGCGACAGCACUACGGCCUCGCCGCCUCCUGCCUGCGGGAGCUGCGCGACAAGGCUUGUGGCAUUCUAUCUAUUGACAAGACUGGGGAGCCCAUCACCUUAGUACUGGCAGAAGAUGGCACCAUUGUGGAUGAUGAAGAUUACUUUUUGUGUUUGCCUCCUAAUACCAAAUUUGUGGCCCUGGCCAAGAAUGAGAAAUGGUCCAGCAAAAGCUUAGACAGUGGAACAGCCCAGCUCUCGGCGGCUACAGAUGAAGUGGACUGUGGUGUAGAGAAGUGGAAGCAGCUGGCCAGGCAACUGAAGGAUGACCUGUCUAAUAUCAUCUUGAUGUCUGAAGAAGACCUCCAGGUGCUUAUUGAUGUACCAUAUUCAGACCUGGCAGAAGAACUUGCCCAAAGUCAAACCAAAAUCCAAGUAUUGCAGGACACCCUGCAGCAAGUGCUGGACAGACGGGAAGAAGAACGUCAGUCAAGACAGCUCCUGGAACUCUACCUGGAGGCCUUGAAAAAUGAAGACAGUAUCUUAAGCAAAGUAGCAGAAUCUGAGACUGUACCGAGGAAGGAGAUGGAUGAGGUUGACACAUGUGCCAGCCAUGCAGGCACUUCUGCCAAAACAGCACUCAGUGACCAGAUCCUUGCUGCUCUGAAAGAGAAACCUGCUCCAGAGCUCUGCUUGGACAGUCAAGAUCUAGAGUUGGUCUUGAAAGAAGAUACAGAAGCCCUGGCCUUGGCUCUCAGGUGGGACAAGCACAAAGCUGAAGCUCUGCAGCAAGCCUGUGAUCAGGAACUCUCCAAGCGUCUACAACAAGUGCAGACUUUACAUUCCCUAAGGAGCACCUCAAAGGUCAAGAAAACGCUACCCUGGGGGGACUGGCCUAGUUCAAAACGCAAAAAAUAA